UAUAACACACAUGCAGUCCAGGGACCAACAAGUCUGUAGUGAGUAAAACAUAUAUCAAUUUACAUCCUCAAUCAGACCAUCAGUGACUGCAUGAUAAAUGAGUUGUGGACUAACAUUCCCCUACUAGGAACAAUACAGACAAGUUGUACGCAGUUUCAAAUUUAAUAAUGUCAUGCAGCAGAACACCCCGGGUACAACCAAAGGCCAAGCCACAGGAGUUUCACCCUUGUUCUGAGGAAAUCUACUGCAACAGCCCAACCUCACAGGACGGGGACUUGGGCCAGGCUCCCCCACCACCAGACAGGAAUAAAAGCUCCAUAAAAUCGGCCAAGUCUGACACCAAAGCUCGUCAGAAAUCUGAGGCUCCAGAGGAGUGUUACAGUGGACUUGAUGCUACACAAGGAGACCCUGAAGAUUACUACGAGGACCAACAAACUCUUAAUCAACAAAAUAUCUUCAAAGAUCAGAUGACUUCUAAGGAAGAAGUCACACUACAAAAAAAGCAGACUUUAAAUGAACAGCCUCCAGUAUUGAAAACUACAGAAAAAAUUGAAGAAGCUUGCAAAGUUGGUACACAUAUAAAAAAAGAAAAUGGCAUUCUAAACACUUGCCGCAGGAAUUCGAAACAAAUUUAUAAAAUAAUUGGCCUGGUUUUUCUCAUGUUUGUUGCCAGUGUUAUUGGUGGUCUUAUUUCUGGAGCAAUCAUGUUAAAUGGUGUAAACACUACACAAGAAAGUGAGAAUACACCAACACCAAGUUUUAACACAACUAACAGUACAGGACAAACUUAAAAUCUUCUACAGGACCCCAUUCAAAAAAAUGUUUCCAUUAGAUAAAUCUAAUUUUACCAUGAAACUUACUCAAAAAGAACAAAAGCAAUAGAACUUUGAAAUGGACAAACUAUUCAAGUUUUAUGGACUAAAAAUGUGCAUCGAGCUGGUGAAACCUGAACAAGGAAAACACAAAGUGGGC